AUGGGGCAUGAUAACCAACCGCCAGUUAAGCAGCCUUCUGUCACAUCUCAACCCCAAGCCCCCAGAGCUAGUUAUGUCCAGGCACCUCCUCCUCCUCCUCCACCCCCUAGGUCUUCGCAGACAGAGUGCAGUUCCCCAUCAGUAAUCCCUGUUCUCUCUGACCAACCACAUCUUUCAAGACCUAGACGUGAAGCUCCUCAAGGACCAGGACCGACAUCUGUUAACGGUGCUCUCCGAAGUUUUCGAGCUAAACCUCAGGCGCCACAACCGCCACAACAGAUUCCAGCAGGAGGAACCUACAAACCUAUCGCCCAAUUGACUAAGAAUGAUCGAGUUGCUCCCUCUUUGCCAUCACGAGAUACACACUCUUGGGAAUCUAGAUUCAACUUUCCUGAUGAAUCGAAGUUCCCACCCGUACCAGGCGCUUAUCGUGGACCCAAAACCUUUGUUUUCUACCGUUCCAGUAAGUUUUUUCUUAGAAUAUUUAUAUAUAAGUCUAUGGGGUCUACAAUUAGUGCUUUUAUUUAA